AGUCGCCACAAUAACUUGGAGAAGGGCUAGUGCUAACUCCACAUUCUCACAAUCACAGCGGCUUCGGUGCUCAUGGUCAAACUUUGAGCAGAGUGACUGAGCCACGGGCUGCACCUUUCCCUCAGUGCCGGGAUGACCCCGCUUCUCCUGCUAAGCUGCCUGCUCCAGGUACUGGCCGUGCCCAGCGCUGCCGCCUUCCACCAUCCGUUCACAGCGGCUGCGCUGCAGCCCCGGUCCCCGGAGCCGGCGGCGGGACAGUCAGCCAGCAGCCGCCGGAAUUGGUGCCCAUACACUGUAUCCAAGAUUGUGUCAUGCCAAGUGCAGAAUGGAUCACAGACUCUGGUGCAGCGUGUUUACCAGAGCUGUCAUUGGCCUGCACACUGCUCCAGUUUGGUGAGUUACAGGACUAUCAUCAGACCCACCUACAAGCUGGCAUACAAGAAUGUUACUGCUUUGGAAUGGAGAUGUUGUCCUGGAUUCAUGGGAAGCAGCUGUCAGGAAGAAUGUAUGAACUGCACCAAGUUUGCUGAGCUACAGGAGAGAUUAAAUACUCUGGAGAAUAAGAUGUUAGAGCUGCAUCUUACAGAUACUGUUGGAGUGCCAUCUGCAGCCAAUGAGACAUCAGAUGCUGCUGUGCCAUGGGAGAACCACAUGUUCAUACAAAGGGGACCACCAGGUCUGAGAGGAGCACCUGGACAAAAAGGAGAGCCAGGAGAGCGAGGACCACCUGGUUCCCAGGGACUACCUGGCCUUCCUGGACCUGUUGGUCCCCCUGGGAAGAUGGGGGAAGUGGGUGAGGCAGGGACACCUGGACGAACAGGUGCGAUGGGACCUCGAGGACCCCCAGGUCCAAGGGGAUUCCCAGGAGAGACGGGACUGCCUGGCCCACCCGGUAUCCCAAGCUUCACUCAAGAUGUCCAACAUAGCUUGGGUUAUCCAGAAAGUGAACCCACCGAAAUACCAAUUUCUGCCGCCAAGACUAAAACUUUCCUGAGAGGCCUCCCUGGUUUCCCAGGGAAACCUGGCCCACCUGGAAUACCAGGGCUUCCUGGAUCUCCUGGAGCUUCUGGACCAAAAGGCAGCCAAGGCCUGCCUGGUCCGAAAGGAGAUGCAGGUGACAGAGGUGAACCAGGCUUGCGUGGUGAGAGUGGCUACAGAGGUUUACCAGGCGAACCAGGACAGAAAGGAGAAUGCUGUGACAAAGAAUCAGAGGGAGAAGCAGUUGAGCAGCUUCGGGAGGCUUUGAAGAUAAUAGCUGAACGAGUUUUAAUUUUGGAACACAUGAUCAAAAUCCACGAUGGUUCUGCAGCACUGGAGUCUGGGUCGGGUUUUGAAACACUACCUCCAAAUCUUAAGAUCAAGAGGGAAGGACAGCUGCAUCAUACACUCUCUGCACUGCUGGCUGGCAAGGAACGCAAACACAAAUAGAGGCAGCCAGCAAUGGAAGGAAAGGCCUGGCAAACACAGGCUGAAGAAACCACGACAAAUGAUGCUAAUCAGAUCAUGAAAAGUGCAGCAUUGGUUGGCCUAGACUGGCUUGACACAUCAUCCCCACCACAUCCGGUUUGACACAACCCCUCCCAUCCCAGAGACCCAGUUUGACACCCCAAUCCUCCACCAUCCCCCAGGGACCCACUUUGACAGAUUUAAAGGAGGCAGUGGCCUAGUGGCAUUAUCUCCAGACUGUUAAUCUAGAGACCCAAGUCAUAUUCUGGCGGCCGAGGUUUGAAUCCUGCCAUAGCAAAUGGUGGAUUUGAAUUCAUUUAAAAGAAAGUAUGGAAUUAAGAGUCCAAUGAGUACUGUGAAUCCAUUGUUGAUUGUUGGAAAAACCCAUUUGGUUCACUCAUGUCCUUUAGGGAAGGAAACUGCCAUCAUUCCCUGGUCCGGCCUAUAUGUGACUCCAGAUCCACAGCAAUGUGGUUGACUCUUCUUAACUGCCUCUGGGCAAUAAAGUAUGGGCAAUAAAUGCUGACCUAGCCAGCAACACUCUCAUCUCAUGAAUAAAUGAAAAGCAUUAAAUAAAAAUUCCCCCACUCCACCCCUCAGUUACCCAGUUUGACACUCCCAACCCCCUCCAAAGACCUGGUUUUUCAUGGAAUCAUGAAAGUUAAUACAGAGCAGAUGCCAAAACUCUACAACAGAAACAGGGAAUGCUUCAAUUCCCAGUUGAUGACCUAUGGAGGGUGCAGAGAAUAUACAUUUCAUCAAACAUUUCAAUCUUAAUCAUCCCUGUGCAUUAAAAUAUCUGCAAACAGACUGUAAUGCCUGAUUUGCUACUUAGUCCUAACUGCUCUAUUUAACUCCUAACAUCUUUUAUCAAACAAAAGGUCUUCUAGAAUCCCAACCUUUAAAUAAUCUGGUUUCAGGAAGAGGGUAAGAGUUGUAAGAUGGCAGCAAUUUUCUAUGGACAAAUAAUGCUGCAAGUUGGCAAUCUUCAGUGCAACAUCUCCUGUAUUGAGGGCAAGCGCCGAUCAGAUCAUUUUAACUUCCUUUAGUUUGUAAUUAAACAUGUUUAGAUGAUGAGGCCGGACUGAUGGAGAUCAGAAAAACCCUGACCAUUGUUUUUGCAAUUGUCUUCGCAUUUCACUUAAAUACCAAAGCAAAGCCUUAAAUGUCUGCUGAGAGAAUUUUUAUCCUCUGUUUGGCUGGUGGAGGAGUUCAUGUAGAAUCAUAGAAUCCCUACACCAUGGAAGGAGGCCAUUUAACCCAUCAAUCCCACAUCGAUUCUCCAAAGAGCAACCCACCCACAGGCAUUCAUUUCCCACAGAUAAUCUACCUAGCCUGAACAUUGCUGGACACUAUGGGCAAUUUUGCAUGGCCAAUCCACCUAGCCUACACAUCAUCAGACUAUGGGAGGAAACCCACAGAGAAUGGGGAGAAUAUGCAAACUCCACACAGUCACAAAAGGUGGGAAUAGAACCUGGGUCCCUGGUGCUGUGAGGUAGCAGUGCUAAUCACCAUGCCACCCAACAUGAUGCAGUUGAUUAGCCGUGUAAAUGUGAGGUUUGGCUAUAGCAUGAGGUUUUGGGUGGCACGGUAGCUCAGUGGUUAGCACUGCAGCCUCACAGUGCCAGAGACCUGGAUUCCCGCCUCGAGCGACAGUCUGAGUGGAGUUUGCACAUUCUCCCUGUGUCUGCGUGGGUUUCCCCCAGGGGCUCUGGUUUCCUCCCGCAGUCCAAAGAUGUGCAGGUUAGGUGGAUUGGCCAAGCUAAAUUGC